UCCACCUUAUCCAAUCUCUCUUUUGUUUCCAUGGAUUCAUUUCUUCUUCUCUCCUUCAAACUCAAACUCCUACCAAACCGAAAGCAAAGACUUAACCAACAAAUUCAAACCACAUAAAACUCUGCAGCAGAACCACCAUUAAUGGCUUCUGCAACAGCAAGACCCACCUUCACUUUUCAUCUUCAUACUUCGCACUCUCAAUCAUCACCUUCAAAAUCAAAACCCCGUGUCUCAAUUCCCCAUCAUCAACCCAAAAAACACUUAAUAUCAAAUUCCCAAUCACCUCAAAAACAUAAGUUCAUCACAAGAUGCAUAGAUGUCUCUCAAGAAGACAAACCCAUUUCUGAGGAAGAACAACAACCAAAUACAACUUCAAAUGAACUGGAAUCUCCAUAUGCAGAAGAAGUGAUAUUCGAUAAACGUCGGCUCGAGGAACAGUUUGCUGUAUUAAAUACCGGUAUUCAUGAAUGUAAAUCUUGUGGUUACUUAUAUGAUGAAUCAGCUGGUGACAAAUCAUAUCCAGUUCCCCCUGGAUUACCAUUUGCUAAAUUACCUGAAGAUUGGAGAUGUCCAACUUGUGGGGCAGCUCAAUCUUUCUUCCAAAGCAAAAGUGUUGAGAUUGCAGGGUUUGCACAGAACCAAAACUUUGGAUUUGGUGGAAAUGCUCUUACUGGUGGACAGAAGUUGCUUCUUAUCUAUGGGAGUUUGUUGCUGUUUUUUGCUCUCUUCUUAAGUGGGUAUUGGCUACAAUGAUAACAACUUGAAGAGAACAAAAGGUAAUAUUUUUUUUGUGUAUGGGUAUAGUUUAUUUUUGUACAAUCUGUGCUGUUGUGAUUUGGAAAUGUGUAUUUAGUGAUGACAAAUAGAUCAAAAUCUUACAAAUUAUGUUUGCAAGAGAAUCUAUUUAUCCAUCCAUAAUUCCUCCCUGAAUUGUGGGCUGUCUUAUAAUACUACUUAGUGUUAAAUUCCAAGAUUGGAUUAAGCCA